UGAACCUAACGCUGACUUUCUCGACCCAGCCGCUCCCCUUCCUCUCCAUUCCCCGGCUUCUAAAAUCUCCCAAACCCUUGGGGGGAGAUGCUGGUUAGCCGGCAGACGACGGUGCACCCCGUGGCGGCGCCGCCGCUGCAGGUAGAGCUGGCGGGUGCGCCCCCGCCCGGAGUGUGGAUGAAUAGCCCGCAGGGGUCGGCGGGGACGCUCGGCGGGGUCGGCCUCCGCCUCCUGCAGGCCUUGUCCGCGGCCGCCUCGAUCGCCGUCAUGGCGUCCACCGGGGUCUUCCCCUCCUUCUCCGCCUUCAGCUACCUCAUAGCAGCUGCCAGUCUGCAAUGUUUGUGGAGCCUCGCCCUAGCCUUUGUGUAUAUCUAUGCACUUCUCGUCAAACGUUCCUUGCUAAAUCUCCGAGCUAUGUUCAUAUUUUCCGUUGGAGACUGGAUCACAGGGACACUAACCUUGAGUGCAGCAUGUGCAUCGAUGGGCGUCACCAUUGUUAUUGAUAAUGAUAAGAAGAUAUGUGCGGGCAAUCUUUGUGCAAGGUUUAUGACUGCUAUUGCAAUGGCUUUCAUCAGCUGGUUUGCACUUGCACCGUCCUUUCUCUUUAACUUCGUGCUCGUGGUUACCACAUUUGCAAGUUUGUUGGCACCUUGAGUGGAGCAUGUGAAAAAUGGUGGUUCAAACUCUGUAUUUUAUCCUUUUGAGGAUCUAAUUCAGUAUGCUUCUUAUAUGAGGAUGGUGGUAAUCUGGUGAUGGAGCUCAAAGU